AUGAAAGAUGGAGAAAUGAUAAAAGGAGAAAGUGAUAAAAGAGAAACUGUAGAUUGGUCUAAUUGGUUUGCUGGAAAUGUAGAUCCUGAGGAUUUGAAAAAACAUAAAGAACUUUUAGAUAGAAUGCAUUUUGGCGGACCGAUUUGGGAAGGAAAAGGAAAACCAAAAAGUAUUAUAGAUGAUGAAAAUCCAGUAUAUGCGGAAGGUGUAAAAGAAGAAAAUCCUAGUUUUAAAAAUCCGAAAAAAAUAGAAUAUGAGAAUGUUAAAAGGUGA